CAAUAGUUUACUCGACCCAGCCUGUCGGGUCCACCUACAGGGUUGCACAGGACGAAAGACGCAUUCCUGAUUUCUCUGCAUUCUGAUGCCUUUGAAGACUUAGACAAUCUCGGAUGUAUGCGAUGUCCUUGUCAAAACCCUGGAGUCAUUUCGGUCCUCACCAUCCCUUCCCGGAAAAACAGAACUAUUACCGGGACCCUCUUCCCCCAUCUCUUCUUUCUCCACUAGGAUUUUCAAUUUCUGCUGCCUUUGCCCCUGGUUCCAAUAUGAGCAACGCCAACAUGAACGCCCUGCCUCUGGACGAGAUGGAGCGCUUCCAGAAGCUGUCCAAUGAUUUCGAGCCGGAUAUUCAGGGCCCACUGGUGUCGACGAAGCAGUCCAGUCACAGCAUCGCGAUGGACUAUGCCAAUGCCGACCCUACUCUUGCAACAAAAACAAAUGCUCUUGCAAUUACCCACCCCAUGACUCGUAUCAUGAAAGGCGAUGGGAAUUGCGGCUGGCGUGCUGUGAUAUUUGGCUACUUCGAAACACUUUAUUCCCUUCAAGACCCCCUGCGUGUGCAGCGGGAAUUGAGCCGCAUCCGAUCGCUCAACACAUUGCUGGUUCAGGUCGGCCUCGAUCCCAGUCUCUACGAGAUCUUUGUGGAUGCCACUGAAGACACGUUCGCACAAACGUCUGCGGCUAUCCAGAAUGGCGAGCGGGAUGGGACAUUCCUUGUCAAUGCCUUCAAUGAUGAUUUCAACUCGAAUUCCAUCAUUACCCACUUCAGACUACUCACCAGCACUUGGAUGAAACUCAACCCUCAACAAUACCAAGCGUUCCUCUCCGGUCCUCUGGACGAGUACUGCGCUAAGCAUAUUGACCCCCUCAAGACCGAAAUCGAUCAAGUUGGACUGCAGGCUUUGCUCGACGGUGUCAUUCAAGGAUCCGGGUUUGGAGUCGAGAUCCUUUAUCUUGAUCGAAGCGAGGGCGAUGCGGUUACACCGCACCGGCUGGUUUCCGGAUCUUCUCCCAAUGGACCAACCAUUCGCCUUCUUUACAGACCUGGCCACUAUGACCUCGUCUACCGAGCCGAACAGACUGUGAAUAUGGCACCCAUGGUCAACCUCCAAUACGGAAUGACUUCUAACUAUACCCCCUGGGACCAAGGCGCUCUCUCCUUCGACGUUAACUCGAGCUUGAUGUCCAUCCCCAACCUGAUGGCAGACCCCGGAUCUGGUUUUGGCAUGCCCAUGUCUCCAAUUUCCUCGGUACCUCAAACCCCGGCCAGUCCGUUCCGAAUAUCCACCCCGCAGGACAUGUACCAGUCACCCAUCCAGAACCACAUUCCAGUACCCGUCUCUUCACCUACACCCGUGAUGCCCUCGGCUCCGCCACCCAUGACGACUCUCCCCAACAGAUCGGAUGGUCCACAGAUUCGAUUGAAUCCAUUGGUGAUGAAAAACAACCUGAGUCAUUCCCUCCCGGUGACCACGCCUUUCAAAAACUCCCCAUACAACCAAGCCCAUUUCCAGAACCAAGAUUUCGAGCCAAUCCACUGGGAACCGAGUGACUCUCGAAGAUGAAGUUACGAGCCACAAUUUGUUUCCACGUCCGAAAC